AUGGCGCGGAGAGUUAAAAAAUCGUUUAGGCGCAACACUGUGGCACCUCUGGUGUCCAGGCGAGUGCUCCGGAGUAACUCAAAGACAGCUUCGACGGAGCAGUCGCCCAUACUGCUCAUGCCACCGCGACGGAGUUACCGGGUUGAAGAUUCCAUCCACGUGACUCGUCUCAAUCCACGCCGGCGGUGUACCUCCAAAGUACAAUUCGCUCCUCUUCUUCUAGAAUGGCCUGCUCAGAAUUCUAAAAGAAUAGAAGAUGGAGAAGGUUCAAAUAUAGGCAUGGAAGAUGGAGAAUCUUCAAAUAACCUUUCGGAAAAACUACCAAAAAGGGUCCUUGGCGAUGGUUGCUACCCCAUUGGUGCUUGGUUAAACAUAUAUUCAAAGGCCAAUGUCAUUGGCCUCCUUGUCGAAGCGUUAAAGGGUACUGAAGAUCUUGAGAAGCUACUUCAUUCCCAGUUUGGGAAGUUAUGCCAUCUACCUAAACACGAGAUCUGGUUCCUCUUUGGUGGACAGCCUCUGAGAUAUUCGAUACCGGAGUUUAAGGAAAUCACUGGAUUGAAUUGCAAUCCUGAACCUGAUAGCACAGAAGAAGAAGAUGAUGUCGGAAAGACAGGAAUCUGGAAAGACCUGUUUGGAAGAGUGACCGCUAUGAACGUGUUUGAUGUGCUUGAAAUGCUAAAGGACCCAGAUCUACCCCGAUGGAAACGGCUACCAUUGGCCCUAAUCUUUCUUGUCGACGGUGUUCUCUUGUGCAAUAGCAAAAAUCUGGCCCUGACCGAGAAAUACGUAGAGAUGUUGACUGACUCGGAUAGCUUCAUGCUGUAUCCAUGGGGGAGGGUAUCGUUUAACAAAACAGGAUCUCGUUUUCAAGCUCCGAAGCCAAUCACUGAUGCCGAGAAAAGGGAGAAUCCUUUAACAAGAUUGCAUCGUCAACUUAAACAGAAAACCAGUGCAUGCUACGGGUUCCCUCUAUCACUACAACUCAUGGCCCUCCAAUCUAUACCGGUGUUGGUCUCCAAAAUUCCUCAACCUGAUAACUUGAAGACUUUCAUUGAAGAUCCCGAAGGUUGUCAAAACGUUAUCACACUAUUGCAUCUUGAGGACAUACUUGCCAUGGAAUCCGACCCUCUGUUGUCUGUGAAACAGAUGGUAGUGGAUGAUGGUGACAAUGACCAACAGAAUGAAUUGCGUUGGGUAGAUGAGGUAGAGGAUGUCGAAGUUGCAUUCAUGCAGGAACUCAUGGCCGAGGGGUACAAAUUCACACCUUAG